AUGAGAAGCCGAGAAAGAAGUAGGCAGGCACUUCCGUUCCGAGGAAAGGGGCGGAGCCUGCGGGAGAGUGGGCCGAACUGCCCUCUCCAGGCCAUGGACCCUGAGGUGUCCCUGCUGCUGCAGUGCCCCCUCGGGGGGCUGCCUGAGAAGCAGGUUCGGGCUGAGCUGAGCCCAGCCUAUGAUCGUCGCCCACUGCCAGGAGGGGACAAGGCCAUCACCGCCAUCUGGGAGAGCCGGCUUCAGGCCCAGCCCUGGCUCUUUAAUGCCCCCAAGUUCCGCCUGCACUCCGCCACACUGGCGCCCACUGGCUCGCCAGGGCCACAGCUGCUCCUGCGCCUGGGCCUUACUUCCUAUCAAGACUUCCUGGGGACCAACUGGGCCAGCUCAGCUGCCUGGCUGCGACAGCAGGGGGCCACCGACUGGGGUGACAAGCAAGCCUACCUGGCGGACCCCCUGGGCGUGGGCGCUGCACUGGCCACUGCUGAUGACUUCCUUGUCUUCCUGCGCCGCUCUGGCCAGGUGGCUGAGGCACCUGGGCUGGUGGACGUGCCUGGUGGGCAUCCUGAGCCUCAGGCCCUGUGCCCAGGUGACAGCCCCCUCCACAAGGACCUCCCUGGGGAGCUGGUGGUGCAUGAGCUCUUCUCCAGUGUCCUCCAGGAGAUCUGUGAUGAGGUGAAUGUGCCGCCACUCACCCUGAGCCAGCCGCUGCUGUUGGGCAUCGCCUGCAAUGAGACCAGUGCCGGCCGUGCCAGUGCUGAGUUCUACGUCCAGUGCAGCCUGACUUCUGAGCAGGUGAGGAGACACUACAUGAGUGGGGGACCUGAGGCCCACGAAUCCACAGGAAUCAUCUUUGUGGAGAAACAGAGUAUGCAGAGGUUGCAGGAGACUGAAAUGUGGGCUGAGCUCUGCCCCUCAGCCAAAGGUGCCAUCUUCCUCUACAACCGGGUCCAGGGAAGUUCCACCUGAGUCUCCUGGAGUCCCCAGCCCUAUCACCACAGCUCGGAAGACAAUAAAGGACUUUAU